GGAUCCUCUACCUGCAACGUACCCAGGCAGAGUCACUGAAGUCCCCAAGCCCGGCUGUGGAGGGAACUCUCGGCUGGCCUAGCUGAGGGUCCCCCCACAGCUGUUUCCAUUGGGAGAGCAGUUAGGACUGGAAUCCACCCCAGAGUUUUGCAGUUCAUCAUUUUAAAUACCCCACUUGCAUCUCUGAUUUUACUUGACUCUACGCACACACACAAAUCUACUUUACAGAUUCAAGUUAAGGGAAAGUGACUGCAGCCAAAGGAAAACUGAAAUGGCCGAUUCUGGGCAAACUGAAGAGACUGCCAACAUUCCACUGGAGGAAAGCAACUUACAAGAGAAGACACUGCUGAAUUUCUGGAGCCUGAAACCAGCCCAUCACCAGCUCCUUAGGGGCCGGCAAGCAGGCGGGAGUCUGGGUGAGAAAAAGGCCCGGCCCUGUGCCGAAGGCUAUCAGCUCUGGUCAUCAUGGACACCGCUGGAUGAGAGUUUCCAAUGGAUACGACACCCAGUAGCCCGACCUUCUGAGGGCCCUUCUACAUCUCUCGUCAGCCUCAGUGAAACCCCUACAGACAAGGAAGUGCAGCAUCACUUCCGGAAGAUUACCUCAGUCAGAGAUGGAAGCCGCCUGGAUCGUAAUGAGAGUUCCCAUCUUUCUCCCACAUCAAAAAGUCCCAAGUUGCCACGCAUAAUGGAACAUCGCACCGCAAACGACACAAAAAAUGGUUUGAUGAAACCCCAGCCUGUCCGACUCAGUGGACUGGACUCCGUCUUUGGGCGGGUGAUCACGGCUCAACCCCCCAAGUGGACUGGAGCGCUCAGAUUUUCAGAAAAAUCGGCAUUUAGCAAAAUCGUCAGUCCAGGCCAGCAGUGGCCCACUGGACUCAAGGAGCCUCAAACUGAAAUGAUAUUCGGUAUGUGCAAGCAGAUGUUACGUGCUAUUCUGCUACUGUACUCAACUUACAAAAAGUGCACUUUUAUAUUGCAGCACUCCAAGUAAAAAUAUUUUGUGGUUCCACUUUA